CCGCUCUCCGCGCUCACUCCGCGCUGCCGCAGCUCUCAGCGCCCGCGGCGCUCGGGCGCUCCUCGCUGCCUCCGGCCCGCAGGUAAAAGGGCUGCGGGGACGGGAAACGCCAUCGCGGGGCAGCUUCCACCCCGCACCGGGCUUCCACCAAGCGAGGCUGCUCUUGUCACUUUAGAGCUGAGCCGGCAGCAUCCCGGGCAUUUCCAGGCAGCGCCCGCCAGCAGCCCGGCACUGGUUGAGAUUUAGGCGUCUUCAAGAGAGGAGAGGAAGAUCCUCGUCUUCCGAAGCCUCCUCAAUGAGUGCCAAGCUCUCCAAGGAGUUGAGGCUGUCCCUGCCACCUUGUAUCCUGAACAAGACGUCUGCCACUUUAAACACCAGCAGCACCUGCAUCACGCAAGUGGGUCAACUCUUCCAGUCCUUCUCAUCCACCUUGGUUUUAAUUGUCUUGGUCACCCUCAUCUUCUGCCUGAUCCUUCUCUCCCUCACCACCUUCCACAUCCACAAGAGAAAGAUGAAGAAGCGAAAAAUGCAAAAGGCUCAGGAGGAGUAUGAACGGGACCAUUGCACCCGCAGCAGCAAUAGCGGCAGCCAGCACCCUGUGAUGGGGGUGCAGGGAGAGGCACCCCAAGGAAGAGACAUCCGUCUGGGAAGACCCCCCCAGGACUCAGAGAUCCAGCGUCCCUCUCCCUCAGAAGCCCCAAGCUCCCAGCAAGCGCGGGCUUGUUUGGACACAGCUGGUGCGGGGCUCUUGCAGACAGUGAUUUUGUCAUGAUGGUUUGGGGGAGACCUCACAAAGGUGUUGGUUGGUGUUUGUAAAUACCUGAGUGAUUAAUCUAGUCCCUGAAGAAGAAGAAAACAUUGCUAAUUCAAACGAACCGACAAACCCACAAUCCAAGCGCAUGACAGAUCACAUUGCGUUUCUCAUUGACUGUGCAAGGAAGGGAUACAUCUUUUUACCAGAGAAGGAGCUGCAUGCGGCUACCAAAUAUCAAGUCGCCCACCUGGAGGAGAGAGUCGGGGGGAGGGGGGUUUCGGGGUGGGGAGGGGGUCCCUUUUCCCUGGAUGUCACUACCGUGAGGGCCAGGGCAAUUCCAUUCUCUUGGGAUUCUUGCUGCACCCUCUCACCAUUGCAUGGUGUGGGUUGGGGUGUGGGUGAGUGGCAUCGGGGGAGAAGCAGGUCUGGCAGGUGACUUGAGACCCCCUAUCUCCUCAGAGCAGGGUGACAGCACACCCUUGUCUCUCCUUUUAUGCUAGGACCUAUAUCCUUGUCCCACACCUUUAGCUCUUUUCCAGGACUAUAUAUUGGUUUGUGUAGAAAUGGCCACCCCUAGGUGGGCUUAACUGGAAGCACGCUCUGGACCCCCAGCCCUCUGCCCCCCAGCUGCAACGCUGAACAUCCCAUUGUCUGGGGGGAUGGAGCCAGUUUUCUGGCCAGUUUUCUCCAUCAGAGCGAUGUCUGAGCUUUCCUCUCUCCUCAGUUCCCUGCAUCUUCAAAUGCACCCCUCUUUCCCCCCUAGUCAUUCCCACCCCAUCCCCUUGACACGAAACCUGAACCCCUACCUGGUACCAUUUCGUGUUGCAGGGUGAGGUGAUGUGCAGUAACUCGCUCAUCCUCUCCCCAGAGAGGGUGUCCAUGUACCUCCUGUUGGUCCUGAAACAAAUCCAGUCCUGCACCAGGCACCUCGCACUGAACGCCUGCAUUUACAGCUUCGCCUCCCAGCAAGGAAUCUUGCAGCAGUACUGAGCUGGCUUCUACUUUUUUUUGGCCAAUAUAUAUUUUUAACUCUCCUAAUCUAAUAGACAGCACUUAAUUUUUCUCCCCUUUUCCCUUCUGGGGGACGAACCAUGCACUUGUGCAAAGUAUCUGCUCUUAAACUCUGGCAAGUAUUUAUUUCAGGAGUGGCUGGUGUAAUUUCUCCCUAGCAAGCACCAGGAGUUUUUUUGUCAGUGGAUGGCAGGUGACAGUGGCUGCUAGUACUGUCUGUGUUGAAAGAAGCAACGUCAGGUACAGAAAAUGCAGCUUUGUUUAGAGAUUACUCAAUGACCAGUACUUGAAGGUGCCUUAACAGAGUGCCAUAUCCAAACUUUGAAACAUCCUGUGUGGUAUCAUGGCAGAGGCAGCCCUCUACUGUGCAUAUUAACACGUGAAAAAUACAGCAAAGGAAAGGUGUUCCCUAGGGAUUUAGUUUUUCUUUCUUUCCUGGCAUUUAAAGUGAUCCGAGGAGAUAGUAACAGUCCAUAGUUUUUAAUAUUUUAUAUCCACUUAUUCCCUCUCUGCUAUACUCUGCCUCCCAGGGUGGCUGCUAGGCUAGAAAAAGCCCAGCCACAUGUACUGGGAGGUCUGGGGAUCGCGUGCUGUUAACCAAUUUAAAACAAGAAAACAAGGUGGCAGAAGUGCUCUGUAGUCCUCUGACAGCACCAAAAUGCAAAGGUUUCAGAGCAGCAUUUCUGUUACCCAGUUUUACCCCUUUUCGAUCUUGCCUGGCCCGAUGGGAAGUUGCUAUUGAGUUUGGAUCUGUGCCUCCAGUGUUUUAGGCAAGUACUGUAUCAUCUAGUUCAAGGAGCUGCUCCACCACUGAGGUUAGCGUGGCAAGCGUACCUGUGACCAAAUGGUGUUUAGCACAUUGCAGUUUGAUGAGAGCAAGGCUGACUCUCACCACCGGUUAUGAUCAGAUGCUAAUGACUACUUCAUCGUUGCUGGGCAAGGAAAAUUGGCUAUGUUUCGUUUCUCCUAAUAAAGGAUGCAUGAACUUUUGUGUUUAACCUCCUUAUGCAACUGCAGCACAGUAUUGCACCGCAGGGAAUAGAUUUAGGACAAUGAAGAGUGUUCAGUGAGCAGGAAUGGAGCUUCCCGAUUGUUGAUCUCCACUAAAUAGAGAGAUAUUACUUUCCCCUUUAUUUUGUGCCUUUAAAAAAAAAAAAAAAACCCACAAAACCCAACAGUGUGUAAUUUCAAGUUUUAUAAAAGCAAUAAGAUGUUCCAAAUCACUUCAGUGCAUUUCUGGUUGAUGAUUCCACUUCUUUAGUGUCUGAAGUCAGAUACUUUUCCUUCUGCCUUAUGCACUCAAGGCAUGCAAUAAUUCCCCAGAAGUGUACUGCUUGUCACAUCUCAUUGCAGUUAUAAAAUUGCCCUAUUUUUGAAGAAAAAAAAAAAGAAGGAUGGAGGGAUGGAUAUAUAUAUAUCUUUAUAUAUACUAUAGAUAUAUAGAUAUAUAUAAUUUAUAUAAUCUCAUAGCACUAAAAGUAGCUGCAAAGAUGUAGUGAGUUAAAAUAUGUUCUGUAAAACUCUAUCCUCUGUUAAUUAGCUUUGAUUUAAUAUUUUAAUAUCUCUGUAUUUAUGUAAAUCUGUGUAAAUUAUGUGGUCUAUAAGUAAAAUUUCAUACUGACUUUAAUUUUCCCAGAACUGUGAGCUUCUUGUGGUGUCAUUUAAGGUUUUGCAUUUCUAAAGUUAAAUUAUACAAGAUAUGAGGAGUUAUAAAUUCCUAUUAUCGCACCAAAAUACUGCAAUGAGGUUCAUGCAUACUCCCAAUAUACAAUACUAUCUUAAAGUGUUGCAAGCUUAAGAGGUUUAAUUGAACGGUCUCAGGAGAUCUAGCUGAUACAAGCAGGACAUGUAGGCUUUCAUUUUCAUGAAACAAUAAGCAAUCUAGGGAAUAAAUGUGGAUUUUAAAAACAGAGUUUAUGCUUGGAGGUUCUGUCAAACCAAUUGCUUCAAAACCCUACAGCUACAGCUAAACUUCUGCACUUAGCAUUCAGUAUUAAUAAGGCUGAUGCUUCUUUCCCCUCCCCCCUCCUACUUAAAGUAGAGAAGUGUAGGAAAUUGUUCAUAUUUCUAAAGCAUACAUUUUCAGCUAACUGUGAAACUGCCCAAAGGGUUUUGAAUAUACAUAUUUUAUGCAAAUGUAAUAUCUAUGUAUCUGUAUCCAUAUAUUUAAAUAUUUUUGUGUAACCUUUUCUACAAUAUUUGAUAGAGAUGCCGGGUAAAUGCUUGUACCAUUCUCGUAUGUAAGGAAGGAUUUAUACCCUCUCAAUGUGGACAUUCUUUUUCCUGUGAAUUUGCACUGGUUUUGACAGGUUACGAUGGAGACUGGGCAGCUGAGUGCUGACUGCUGGAAGCACAGACAGCCUUUUCUCCGUUAAGGGGCAUAUCCUCUGGCUGGAUUUUCCUGGUUCUGAGUCGGAUGGAGCCAGUUGCCCACUAAACAUCCUGCAUGCGUAAGAAUAAGGAGUGCUGUGGUGCUCAACAGUUCCUGUCUGGUCCAACCAUCGUCCCAUGGAAGAAGCAUUGACUGCAGUGACUUUUUGUUUUGUAGACCGUAGUGAGAACUGAGAACCUGCUGGGUGACACGGUGGCAGUGCUGCGGCUGGAUCGGAGAGUCGGCAAUGCCUCAUCCUGUGUUCCCAUCCUUGGAGCCUGCUGCUACGCGGGGGCUUUGUCCAGCUCCCGCUGGCGUGGCUUCCACUGACUGCCAAAGGACAUGAAUCCCGUCUGUAGUACACACGGAGGGUGACAGCUCUCAACAUCACCACCACUGUCCCUGCUCUGUACGCCUCCCUGCAGCCUCCACGGGGAUGGAAACCACUGCAUCCCACAAGUGCUGGGAUACCUCAGCCUGGCAGCACCCGGGAACCCAUGCUGCUGCUGUCAGCUCCACUUCUACGGACUAAGGAGUUUUGGUUUCCACAUGGAUCCUAUGCUGAUCAUGGACAGGGAUUGUCAUUUCAUUUAAAUGUGUCAUUCCAGCAUUUUCUUUUCUGUGGGGGUUUCUCUACUGCAAAUGUAGUCUUGGAUGAAAUUUGCAGGCUCUCCAUCAACACAUUUUAGGUUUUGAUACAUCUCUCUCAGACAUGUAUCUGUGUAUGUAGAUAUAUAUCUAGAAAGAAAUGCUGGACAAAAAGCAAAGAACAGACUCCACCUUACGGAUAAAACUGUCCUAUGACUUAAAACUGGGGUUUCUUUUUUGCUUUUAUUUUUAAUUAAUUUUAAAGGCUACUAUCUAUAAUGUAAAUAACAAGUUACUCUGUGACUAAUGUUUUCCAUGGCAUUCCUGAGUAUUUGCUCCCUUGUUUCUGGAAAGCUAUGUCCAGUGUUAUGAAGCAACUGUGCUUUUCUUCUAUUGUUAUGAAUAUAAAUGCAACUUUUAGAUA